AUGGCGCUAAAGCUCAAAGAAAUUUUUGAUAUUGCCUGGGAUCCGUUUCAGCCUAAUAGACUUGUCAGCUGUGGAGUGAAACAUAUAAAGUUUUGGGCAUUAUGUGGGAAUGCACUAACACCAAAAAGAGGAAUUUUUGGAAAAACAGGCGAUCUUCAAACCAUUCUUUGUUUGUCAUGUGCAAAAGAAGAAGUUACAUACUCCGGUGCUUUAAAUGGAGACAUCUAUGUUUGGAAAGGGCUUAACCUGGCUCGUACUGUUCAAGGAGCUCAUGGUGCUGGAAUAUUUAGUAUGUAUGCAUGUGAAGAAGGCUUUACUACUGGUGGAAGAGAUGGCUGUGUAAGACUGUGGGACACGGAGUUCAAACCAAUCACAAAAAUUGAUCUGAAAGAAACAGAACAAGGCUAUAAAGGUUUGUCCAUCAGAAGUGUGUGUUGGAAAGGAGACCGCUUUCUAGCAGGAACACAAGACAGUGAAAUAUUUGAAGUGAUUGUGAGAGAAAGAGAUAAACCAGUGCUAAUAAUGCAGGGUCACUGUGAAGGAGAGCUCUGGGCACUUGCAGUUCAUCCCAAGAAACCUCUGGCAAUUACUGGUAGCGAUGACAGAUCUGUGAGGUUGUGGAGCCUUGCUGAUCAUGCCUUGAUAGCUCGCUGUAAUAUGGAAGAGGCAGUGCGCAGUGUUGCUUUCAGCAGCGAUGGGGCACAACUAGCUUUAGGAAUGAAAGAUGGCUCAUUUACUGUUCUCAGACUCAGGGAUAUGACAGAGGUCGUCCACAUAAAAGACAGAAAAGAAGUCAUACAUGAGAUGAAAUUUGCACCAGAUGGAGCCUAUCUUGCUGUUGGUUCAAAUGAUGGGCUAGUUGAUAUCUAUGCAGUUGCUCAACGAUUCAAGAAAGUUGGCGAAUGUAACAAAUCUUCUAGUUUCAUCACCCAUCUUGACUGGUCAGUGGACAGUAAAUAUCUACAAACCAAUGAUGGAGCUGGAGAGAGAUUGUUCUACAAAAUGCCUUCUGGAAAACAUUUAACAAAUAAGGAUGAAAUAAAAGGAAUUCAUUGGGCUAGUUGGACCUGUGUGAUUGGACCUGAAGUCAGUGGAAUUUGGCCCAAAUAUACUGACAUAACAGAUAUAAAUUCAGUAGAAGCCAACUUCAACAGCAGUAUUCUGGUAUCUGGAGAUGACUUUGGUCUGGUCAAGCUGUUCAGAUUUCCAUGUCUUAAGAAAGGGGCUAAGUUUCGAAAAUAUGUUGGUCACUCUGCACAUGUAACUAAUGUUCGCUGGACUCAUGAUUUCCAGUGGGUACUGAGUACAGGUGGUGCUGAUCACUCUGUGUUUCAGUGGCGGUUAAUUCCAGAAGGCGGAUCGAAUGAAAAUGUAGAAGUGGCUCCACAAGAGGGCUGUGUUGAUUCUAACAGUGAAGAGUCAGAUUCUGAUCUUUCUGAUGUACCAGAGCUGGACUCUGACAUUGAACAAGAAACCCAAAUCAAUUAUGAUCGACAGGUUUACAAAGAAGAUCUACCUCAGCUAAGACAACAAAAUAAAGAGAAUAAACCAGGUGCUUCUUCAAUGAAAAGAGAGAAAGCUCCAGAGGAGAGUCUGAUGCUGCAGUUUGUUCAUGGGUACCGAGGUUAUGACUGCCGAAAUAACUUGUUUUAUACCCAGACGGGAGAGGUUGUUUACCACAUUGCAGCUGUUGGAGUUGUUUAUAACCGGCAGCAGCACACACAGAGGUUUUACCUUGGACAUGAUGAUGACAUUCUCAGCCUAGCCAUUCACCCAGUGAAGGACUAUGUUGCUACUGGACAGGUUGGAAGAGAUCCUGCCAUACACGUAUGGGAUACUCAGACCCUGAAAUGUUUGUCACUGUUAAAAGGACAUCAUCAAAGAGGGGUGUCUGCAGUAGAUUUCACUGCUGAUGGAAAAAAUUUGCUGUCUGUUGGCUUGGAUGACAAUCACACAAUUGUAGUUUGGGAAUGGAAAAAGGGAGAAAAGUUAGCAACAGCAAGAGGCCAUAAAGAUAAAAUAUUUGUUGCCAAGUGCAGUCCUCAUCACGUGGACCGAUUGGUUACUGUUGGAAUAAAACAUAUCAAAUUCUGGCAGCAAGCAGGUGGAGGCCUUACAGCCAAGAGGGGAACAUUUGGCAAAGUUGGCAAACUGGAAACAAUGAUGUGUGUGGCCCAUGGACAUAUGGAAGAUCUUGUUUUCUCUGGAGCUGCUACCGGCGAUGUUUACAUUUGGAAAGACACCAUUCUUCUAAAAACUGUCAAGGCUCAUGAUGGGCCUGUGUUUGCCAUGUACUCGCUAGAUAAGGGCUUUGUAACAGGUGGAAAGGAUGGUGUUGUGGAACUCUGGGAUGAUGCAUUUGAGAGAUGUUUGAAGACAUAUGCUAUUAAAAGAGCAUCACUUUCACCUGGCUCCAAAGGUUUACUACUUGAAGACAAUCCCUCAAUUCGUGCCAUUACUUUAGGACAUGGACAUAUUCUUGUGGGAACAAAGAAUGGAGAAAUACUUGAAAUUGAUAAAAGUGGCCCUAUGACACUGCUGGUACAGGGUCAUAUGGAAGGGGAAGUAUGGGGUCUGGCAGCACAUCCUGUCCUCCCACUUUGUGCCACAGUGAGUGAUGAUAAAACUCUUCGAAUCUGGGAGCUUUCAUCCAACCACCGAAUGCUUGCAGUACGCAAGCUGAAAAAAGGUGGAAGGUGCUGUGCCUUCUCUCCAGAUGGAAAAGCCUUAGCUGUCGGACUGAAUGAUGGAAGUUUUCUUGUAGUGAAUGCAGAUACCCUUGAAGAUCUUGUGUCUUUUCAUCACAGGAAGGAAACCAUCUCGGAUAUUAAGUUUUCACCAGAUGCAGGAAAGUACCUGGCUGUCGCUUCCCAUGAUAACUUUGUGGAUGUCUACAAUGUGCUUACUAGCAAAAGAACAGGGAUCUGCAAAGGAGCAUCAAGCUAUGUCACUCAUAUUGACUGGGAUUCCAGAGGGAAAUUACUACAAGUCAAUACUGGUGCCAAGGAACAGCUAUUUUUUGAAGCUCCAAGAGGAAAAAGGCAGACAAUUAGGACAUCAGAGAUCGAGAAAAUGGACUGGGAUACCUGGACAUGUGUGCUUGGUUCUACCUGUGAAGGAAUCUGGCCUUCACACAGUGAUGUCACUGAUGUAAAUGCAGCAUGUCUUACCAAAGAUAAGAUACUGUUAGCCACAGGGGAUGAUUUUGGUUUUGUGAAGCUGUUCCACUAUCCUGUUAAGGGUCAGAAUGCAAAGUGUAAGAAAUACAUAGGCCACAGUGCUCAUGUUACAAACGUCAGAUGGUUACAGGAUGAUUCAGUGCUACUGACGGUGGGUGGCGCAGACACUGCUCUCAUGAUUUGGAAGAGAGAGUCUAACAGCAACAGAGAAAGCAAACUAGUGGACAGUGAAGACUCUGAUACAGACACAGAAGAGGAUGGAGGCUAUGACAGUGACGUGGCAAGAGAGAAGUCCAUUGACUACACCACAAAGAUCUAUGCAGUUAGUAUAAGGGAGAUGAUGGGCACUAAACCACACCAACAGCUCAAGGAAGUUUCAGCGGAAGAAAGGCAGGGAAUUGUCAAGGGAUCGAGACCUUCUGUCAGUAGAGCUGCACCUCAGCCGGAGAAACUGCAAAAGAACAACAUCACAAAGAAAAAGAAACUAAUUGAGGAACUUGCCUUAGAGCAUGUUUUUGGAUACAGAGGCUUUGACUGUCGCAAUAAUCUUCAUUACCUCAGUGAUGGUGCUGAUAUUAUUUUUCAUACUGCUGCUGCAGGAGUUGUCCAAAAUCUAUCAGCAGGAACACAAAGCUUCUACCUGGAACACACAGAUGAUAUCCUAUGCCUAACAGUCAAUCAGCAUCCCAAAUAUAAGAACAUUGUAGCAACUGGACAAAUCGGUGACAAUGCUGAUUCAGCAGGUACGAUCCCGUCUAUUCAUGUGUGGGAUGCCAUGAGUAAGCAGACUGUUUCUAUUAUUCGCUGUUUUCAUGCCAAGGGUGUUGGCUACAUUAACUUCAGUGCCACUGGCAAGCUUCUAGUAUCUGUAGGAGUUGAUACUGAACAUACCAUUACAAUCUGGAGGUGGCAAGAAGGAGCCAGAAUUGCCAGUAAAGGGGGGCAGAAUGAAAGAAUAUUUGUGGCUGAGUUCCGUCCUGAUUCAGACUCACAGUUUGUAUCAGUUGGAGUAAAACACAUCAAGUUCUGGACUCUAGCUGGUGGUGCAUUGCUGUACAAGAAAGGAGUAAUCUGUUCCAUUGAAGAUGCAAAAAUGCAAACCAUGCUUUCUGUUGCCUUUGGUGCUAAUAACCUUACGUUCACAGGUGCCAUAAAUGGAGAUGUAUAUGUCUGGAAGGAUCAUUUUUUGACAAGAAUAGUAGCAAAGGCUCACACUGGUCCUGUUUUCACAAUGUACACGACACUUCGAGAUGGUCUAAUUGUUACUGGUGGAAAGGAACGACCAACUAAAGAAGGAGGUGCUGUCAAACUCUGGGAUCAAGAGAUGAAGCGCUGCAGGGCAUUCCAGCUGGAGACAGGACAACUAGUAGAUUGUGUGCGUUCUGUUUGCAGGUGUAAGGGUAAAAUAUUAGCAGGAACAAAAGAUGGAGAAAUCAUUGAGGUUGGUGAGAAGAAUGCAGCAUCCAACAUCCUAAUCAAUGCCCAUAUGGAAGGAGAAAUCUGGGGUCUAGCCACACACCCAUCCAAAGAUAUUUUUCUUUCUGCAAGUAAUGAUGGAACAGUAAGAACAUGGGAUCUCUCAGAUAAAAAACUGCUCAACAAAGUCAGCUUAGGAAAUGCUGCAAAAUGUGCUGCAUAUAGCCCGGAUGGGGAGAUGGUAACAAUUGGCAUGAAGAAUGGAGAAUUCAUCAUCCUGCUUGUAAAUUCCUUAAAAGUCUGGGGCAAGAAACGAGAUCGCAGUUCAGCUAUUCAGGAUGUCAGGUUCAGUCCUGAUAACAGGUAUCUGGCUGUGGGAUCAGCAGAGAACACAGUUGACUUUUAUGAUCUUACUCAAGGUCCUACCUUAAAUCGGAGUGGUUACUGUAAGGAAAUCCCCAGUUUUGUGAUCCAGAUGGAUUUCUCGGCUGAUAGCAAAUACAUUCAGGUGUCAACGGGUGCUUAUAAGCGACAAGUACAUGAGAUACCAUCAGGAAAGCUGCUGACUGAACAAGCAGUGAUAGAGAAAAUAACCUGGGCAACAUGGACAAGCAUUCUGGGAGAUGAAGUUAUAGGAAUUUGGCCACGCAAUGCAGAAAAAGCUGAUGUGAACUGCGCCUGUGUUUCGCAUGCUGGCUUAAACGUAGUAACAGGGGAUGACUUUGGCCUAGUAAAGCUUUUUGACUUUCCUUGCACUGAAAAAUUUGCCAAAUACAAGCGUUAUUUUGGACAUUCUGCUCAUGUAACCAAUAUACGCUUUUCUCAUGAUGAUAAAUAUGUAAUCAGCAGUGGAGGUGAUGACUGCAGCCUUUCAUUUUCUACUUGUGUGGAAGAAGGAGUACCAGCAUUUGUUUUGGACUUUUUUGCUUCUGGAUUUCCAGCGCCACCUUUGCAGCCUUGGAGCAAUUUGUUUUACUGGCUUCUUGUCCUUUCUGGCAGUUUUUUCUUGGUGUUUUGCUUGUGGUCCAUGGCGGAAGAAGUGGCACAGAGCACUUUCUCUGACACCCCUCAGUUACUUAGACCGGGAGAAGACAGUACUCCUGUCACCAGGGCGGAGUUUAAUCAAGUUCUCGAUAUGUUAACUCAGUUAACUAGAAUGCUCAACAAAAGUGGAGUUGAGCAACCAACGACCUUGCCAGGUAACCAGCAGCAUGGUGUGGAGCGGAAGAGAAGGCGCAUCUCAGCCCACAAUGAGCGAUCUGGCAGUUGCCCUUCUUUAGGCGCUUGUAGUCAGCAGGGAAGUAUGAAGCAAGACGGGAAUGACAAUAAUAAAGAUAGCAACGUGCUAUUAAAUGAAACCGGAGCGCAGGAGCAGCGUUUCGAUUUCGGAGCAUGGGCUGGUCAACAGUUUUGGUUUCGUCAAGGUACUGUUCAUUCCAAUAAUAAUAAUUUAAGUAGUAACAUUGGCAUAGAGAAAGAUUUUGACAUUCUUCGUGACAAACUUUAUUCCUUUAAAGCCAACCAAUUGGAAAUAGAUUAUUUGAAAGAAUGCAUUAAAGUGAGAAGAGUACCAAAAGGACUUAGAUGCUUCAAGUUUCCCAACAAUGUGCAAAAGGACUCUAAUUAUUAUAAGAAAUUAUGUGAUGUGUUUAACCGUGCUGGUAUAGACAUGUUGGAAGUCAUGGUAGCGGAAUAUGAAACGAGAGCUGACACUUUACUACAUGAUUUGAAUGUUCUAAAUAGUAGUCUAGUUAAUGAUGAGAAGUUUACAUCUGUCAAGUGGGGUUAUGAUAAUAUUUUUAAGGAGGUUGACCAGCACUGUUUAAGGAUUCUGAAUCGAAAGAUCCACAAGUUAGAGAGGGAUUUGAAGGAAUAUAAUGAAGGGGUGGCUUACCCACUGCAUACUAAAGUUAAACAAUUCAAUUAUAACAACAGUAAGGUGCAGGGAAAUUUCAACAAUAGUCACAGGAUUGGGUGGCCUACGAGGCACCAAGAAAUAAUCGUAGGUUUGCAGAAAAGGAAAGGAGUACACCCCAGCAAGAUUUUCUGUUUCCCCCGAACAAGGAAGGGGGGGGUGGAGCAGGUUUCCCCAGGGGUGGCGGAAUCAAUAAGGCAGUUUUUUCAAGCUGCUCCAGGUGCUUUAGCAAUUAAUGAUGCUGUAAAUAACACAGAUGUUUUAAAUAAAGUGAUGGUGGUAACAGAAAACAAUUUUUCUGUUUACAAUUAUACCAACAUUAACUUGAGGAGAGAACAUUUUGAUUUGUUCACAAAAGGAUUACAUUUUGUUCCAGCAUUUUCAAGUAGAUUAGAGCAGGAUUUGAUAGACUUGAAGCUGUUCAGUAGACAAUUAAACUUACUGCUUUAUUUUAAAGGGGAAAUUCCUUCAAAUAUGGGACUCUCUAGAAAGAGUGUAUUCAAUCCACCUAUGGAUCCAACAGUAAAAAUAUUUGAAGAAAUGAUGGAGAGAGAUAUUAGGAUGAUUGGCAGAAAUAAACAGAACAGUACCCCCCAAAAUAUUUGCAUGAAGGAGAUGAAUUUGAUUAAGGAACUUAGAAGCAGUAAUUGUAGGGCAAUGAAAACAGAUAAGGGGGGGGGUCUUGUUUUGAUGUAUAACACAGAAUAUGUUCACCACAUUAAUGGGAUGUUGCAGAACCCAGAGCAAUAUGAACAGGUAAAAGCAGAUGUUAGAGGGGGUGAUUGGGAGACCCUGUUGGAACACAAAGAAUUGAUAUGGCAGCUAAGACUAGAUGCAGGAAGACGGCCAGGUCUAAAUGAUGCUUGCAGUAUCAGCAGCGUCUUGAAAUUAAGGAAGGCAAAAUUAUAA